AUGGACCAGCAAUUUCUUGGAGUUGACACGCAUUUGGACCCGCAGCUUAACGGGGGUCAAAACCGGUUGGGGGUACCUGAGCCCGAUACCAAAGUACAAUAUGAUCUUGCCAAUCCAUCGAACCCAGUGAUUGCCACUGCACAGGCGUUGCUCCAGGGAGACCAGCAGUAUCAACAACACGCACAGGCACAGCAUGUUCAGCAACAGGCACAAGAACGUGCUCUAGCACACACCACGAGCCAAAUCCAGCGUCAUCAAGACCAUCAUCAACAACAACAACAACAACAACAACAACAAUUACAACAUUUGCAGAGGGUUCAAGCGGCACAGCUACAGGCCGCUGUCGGCCAACCCUCAGUGCAAACUGGGGGGCCACUUUUGCCACAGGAAGCCUUGCAAGCUCCCACAACACAACCUGGAAGAGUUUCGACCCAGCAGCAACAACAUCAUCAUCAAGCAUAUAUGCUUGCACAACAAAGACACAUUCUCAGCAACCCACAGAACCAACUUUCACCUGCCAUGGGGAGAAGUCAGUACGAUUCUAUCACGGGCUUACCCAACAUUGGGCCCAUUCAGUCAGGAGUAGGAGUUGGAGUUGGAGUUGGGCUUGGAGGUGACGGUCAAUCUAUAGGAGCAAACACAGCUAAUGAUGGAUCAAAUGUGAUUUCACUGGUACUUCCUAUGAAUGGGAACAAUGGUGGACACCAAGAUCAUCAUGAUGAUAUUGGAGAACUGAAGGCAAAUCUUGUGACACCAAUCCCCCCACUUCAUAUCCAACAACAACUUGUAAAUUCACAUUCAGAUGAUACUAAGCCGAUCAAUAAUCGACCAGAUGGAGGCGAUGGGAAUCAAAUAUACCGUAGUUCAUGUUCAAGAUGUAAAAAGGAUUUCAAUCAACCAUUAAUCAUACCUCAUAGCAAUGGAUCGGAAAGAGGAGGGAAACGAUUGGCUGAACCUAAAAUUUUCAAGUUGUGUCAACAUUGUCGUGACCUUCAACGUCAAAGAUCGAGAAGAUGGCAAAAGAAAACGAAGGACAAGUCUGGUGCAUGUCGUAGAUGUGGGGCGACCAUUCCGCCAGACCUUCAACAUUUUGUGCUUUGUCCUCAAUGUAGAACGAAUUUACGGUCUAGAAAGGCUAAUCGAGCGGCCCAGGGGAAAUGUGUGCAUUGUUCAGGACCAUUAGAUGCAUCAAUCAUCACUGGGACAGAAAAACGUAAGGAGAAGUAUAAAAGUGGGAGUUAUAAAGUAUGUCAGCGAUGUCGAGAGAAUGAUAAAAUUCGUCGAUCCAAUUUGGAGAAAUUGGGGAAUUGUAACCGUUGUGCAAAGUCUCUUGAACCAGGAGAUGUGGGCAAACAUAAGGUUUGUGUAGGAUGCAGAUCACGUAAAAAGAAGGCUCCAAGUGGAAGUCCAGGUCCAAGUGCUCCGUUGAUUGAACCUGUGGGAUAUGCACAACAAGGGUUCCCACAACCACUGCAGCAACAACAGCAACAACAGCAGCAGCAACAACAACAACAACAACAACAACAAUAUGCUGUAGUGCAAGCACAAGCACAGGCCCAGGCCCAGGCACAAGCCCAGGCACAAGCACAAUAUAACCAAGCAUUUGCACAACAACAAUUUCAACAAGCCAUGGUUCAAGCACAGGCUCAACAAGCUGCAAGAUACCAACAAACAUCUAAUAGUAGAUCAGUAGAAGAGAUGCAAAACAUGGUUGCUGCAGCCGCUGCUCAGCAGAACAUCCCAUGA